CACCAACCAAGAAUGAAGCCCCUAAUAGCAGUCCCAGCAACAAUUGCGCUGCUAUACCGCGCCUGGUCGCGGAACUCCCUCACACCAGUCGGACUCGUUGUCGCUGGCACUACUGCCGUCAUCCACGCGAUCCACCCUUGGAGCGUCUUCUUCGCACUGCUGGGCGUCUUCUUCCUCUCCGGAACCGCUGUGACCAAGGUGAAACAUGAUGUCAAAGCCCGCCUCACGCACUCCUCAACUGGCUCGCCAGGCGGCGAAGGCCCCCGAAACCACAUCCAAGUGCUCGCGAACUCGCUCGUCGCGACGGUGCUCAUAGCCCUGCACUCCUACGACAUCCUGACGGGCGAUCGAACGCGCGCGUUUAGUCUUACGGAUGAGGGAUCGUGCUGGGGGCGCGCGAAUGAUGUGCUGGUGGUUGGGAUCGUUGCGAACUACGCCGCUACGGCUUCUGAUACAUUCUCGUCGGAGCUGGGCAUACUGUCGAAGAGCCCUCCUCGACUUAUCACCGCCCCAUGGCGCGUGGUCCCUCCUGGGACGAAUGGCGGCGUUACGGUUACUGGCCUUGGCGCUGGGCUUUUGGGGUCCUUUAUCGUUGCUGCGACUUCGACGCUGUUGAUCCCGUUCUGCUCGACCUGGUCGAUUGCUGAUAAAGCCCAAUAUACGGCUGCUCUGACUUUUGCGGGCUUCGCUGGAACGCUGCUGGACUCCCUCCUUGGAGCUCUCUUCCAGGCCAGCGUAGUAGACGUGCAAUCUGGGAAGGUGGUCGAGGGCGCAGGGGGGAGGAAGGUCUUAGUCCACAGUGCUGGGUCGUUGCACAUCAAGCAAGAAGCGAAACUGCGGAGCCGGGGGGAUGCGGCUGCUGGUAUUGCUAGAACGUCAGCUUUGGAGGGACCUCCGAGUGCGUCGACUCGAUCGAAAUCUAGAGAUGCGUCGGGAGAGGUAGCAUUAGACGAUUCGCAUGAUAGUAGACGGGUAGAGGUCGGACGUGAUAUUCUAGACAACAAUGCUGUCAAUUUAUUGAUGGCGGCGUUGUCCCUCCGCUUCAUCCCCCCCCACCAAAACCCAACCACCACAACCCCCGAACUCGGCGCCCCCAGCGCGCCCGGCAUCCACGACACCCUGCGCUCGCGCGCCGCCCUGACCACGCCCAAACCCACGUCUGCCUCCUCCUCUGGCAGCGCCGGUCCCGUCGUGCUCGACUCGGCGCACCCCCUCGAAGCGCGCCUCACGCAGUGGCGCGCGACCCAGGACGCGGUCAAGAUGGAGGGCCUGCGGCGCACGUUCGGCAUCGCGGAGCCCGUGCGGCGCGGCAUGGAGCUGCGGAUUGCGGGCGCGGGCGAGUGGCGGCCCGCCGUGCUGGGCGGCGCGAGUGGCGUGCAUAGUGAUAUUCUGGCGGGCCGGGAUGCGGAGAUUGGAUGGGAGGAUGUUUUUGUUGGGAAUGAGCUUCGUGAGGUGCCGGAUUUCCAUAGUGAGAUGGAGGCGAGGAUGAAGAUGAAUUGGUAGGGGAGUGGAGGGGAUGGGGAGAUGGGGAGAUGGGGAGGGUGCGGAGGUGCUGGGCCAUGGACGGGCUUUGAGGAUGAGGGAGAGGUGCUUUGGCAAGGCUCAUAUCAAGAGUGAGGUUGGCGGUGGAGAGGCGGGUCUACAAGACCGAGGGUUGACUAGACUUGUACAACAAGCAAUCCAACCAAAUAUACCUUCUAGAC